AUGCGGCUCCUGGCUGAAAGAGCAGAGCAAAUAUCCGAACUCUUCAAGUGCUUUAGUGUUCUCAAGAGUUUGGCGGAGAAGCGGAUCGAAAUGAGAUCCGGUAAACGGUUCAGUGAAAAGGUUCACCCAGAGUUUAUGAGCGAGUACGUUGUAACGCCGUUUAUUUUGUACGCUCUCCUGAAAUGCGGGCUCAUUUGUUUCUUCUUGACACAACUGCAGGGUCGUAUGGAAUAUCUGGUGAAAUGGAAAGGCUGGUCUCAGAAGUACAGCACCUGGGAACCAGAGGAAAACAUUCUAGAUGCCCGCCUGCUGGCUGCUUUUGAGGAAAGGGAAAGAGAAAUGGAACUUUAUGGUCCUAAGAAACGUGGCCCCAAACCCAAAACCUUCCUUUUAAAGGCCCAGGCCAAAGCCAAAGCCAAAACAUAUGAAUUCCGUAGUGACUCUGCUAGGGGCCUCCGGGUACCUUAUCCUGGACGAUCUCCCCAGGAACUCAGCUCUACUUCCCGGGCUAGAGAAGGACUGAGACAAAUUCCGCUGCCUCCUCAAAGCAGCCCCACCACCUCUAUCCCCAAUAUGCCUCGAAUGGAGCCCAUCCAGGAAAACAGGGUUGGGGCAGAGGAAGACCGAUCUGAAGGCGCCUUUAAAAAGCGAGGUCCAAAGCCCAGGAAAGACCUACCUGAAAUGGCAGAGGUUGCCUCAAAGCGGAAAUCAAUGGAGCCUGGCGACAAGAUGGUGGUGGACUACCUAAAAGCCAGAAAAUUGGAAGAGGCAGCAAACUCUGGGACAGCAAAAUUCAGUUCAGGACACAGUGUUAUCCAGUUAGCCAGGAGACGGGAGCCUGAGUUACCCAGUGCUGUUCCCAACCCAAGGGCAGAAGCUGGCAUGAAGCUGGGUGCACCUGAGACUUACCCUCCUAGACUGACCAAGCACAGGGCGGAUUUCCUGGAUUCCAAAGGGCAAAGUGGUUUGGACUUGGGGGCUUCUAAGAUCUUGCACAGCUCUGCAAACCAAGGCAGCUUAUAUCGAGAUGGCCUAGGGACGCAGGCUGGCAGGCCUUCCCUCAUCGCCCGCAUCCCUGUCUCCCGGAUCCUGGGUGACCCAGAAGAAGAACCUUGGAGCCCAUCUCUCAACAAUUUGGAGAAAGUAGUAGUGACUGAUGUGACAUCCAAUUUUUUGACAGUAACCAUCAAGGAGAGCAGCACAGACCAAGGGUUCUUUAAAGAAAAGCGGUGAAUUCCUCCAGAGAAGAAAAGUCAUUGAAAAGCUUUGGAUAGAGGUCGGCUGAAUUGGGAUUUUUUUUUUAAACUUUUAUUUUUAAACUUUUUUUGGACAGGCUU